GACAGUGAGACUGGACGUUGGGGGUAACGCACUCUUGAGUAAUCGCGCUAACUGGCAGAUUAGAUCACGUGUUUGAAUGCCGCGGGCGGGAAACGCAAGUUGGGCACGAAGCUAUUAGUAAGGAAAUGGCCUAGUAUUUCAGGCAUAGUUGCGACCAAGAACUGUGCGUUUUCCUUGUUUCUCACUGAAACCUGUAAAGCAGCCGCAGUGUUUAACUUACAGGAACUGUGGCAUUGGAAUACAUUUAUUUAUUUUUUGUCGGUAAGUCAGCAGCCACGCUAGACCGAGUUUUGUUCUGGGCGAAUGAACUUGGAGCGGCGGAAUUGAACUAGCAAGCCUUCACAAUGUCUGAGGAUUCCAGGCUUGAAAAGACAGCAAAAGAGGUACGACGACUAGCAGAUGGAUAUGUGCAAAAUGAAGAUACAGAGAGCACAUCCAAAGAAAUGCAAGUAAGGAACCGUCCUUACUGUUCCACUUCUGAAGGGGCCUCAGGUUCAGAAAAAGAUGUAGCUGCUCAUGAUGGCAAAUCAGUAGAUUAUUUUGAAGCUCUUAAUUCAAACUUAGAAAGCCUACAGCAGCGAGCUCAACAAUUGAUCGAUGAGAUCAAUGAGAGCAGAAAGAAGGACCACACGUUGAUGAGCAAUUUCAGAGAAAACCUCAUGCUGAAAGUUUCAGAAUUGUCACAGAAGUUAGAAGAAGGAAUGUAUGAGAUUUAUGAUCACCAUAACAAAUUGAUUCAGGAUACUUUACAUGAACUGCCUGUUAUUAUGGAAAGGAUUGCACAGUUAGAGGCAGAUCUCAAGCAAGUGUGCCAGACUGUUGUGACUGUGUAUAAGGAUAUUUGUGUGCAACCUGAAAUGUAAUUUUGUUUUAAUAAAGACAAAAAGCCAGAGCCUCAAACUUAACAUUUCACUUAAUGUGCAUGAUUGACAACGGAGAUGAGCAUGUUUUCCAAUUUAUAGUAAAAUAUGUAUGCAAGGAUAUAAAUAUGUGCACUUUUGGAGUACCCAAAAGAAGAUGGUAAAUUGGUGAGGGGGAUACUCUCUUGUCUGUUAACAUGAUUUUUUCUUUAAAACAAACGUGUUCAGUUAUAAUGGAGAAGCCUAUGUCUAACAUGACAGUAGUCAUUUACUAACAUUGUACCAACUGAUAUAUCGUUUUGAUUUUUAACCAAAGAAAAGGUUUUUGUAAUGUUAUUAAAAUUAAAACAGGACCUGUUCAAAAAGAGUUUAUGUAAAUGGUAGAGAGUGUGAGAUUUAUUAUGAUUAUACAAGUACAUAAUAUAUUUAUUGAAUUAAAACUUUUUUGGUUUACUGUUUCAUACAUGUGCCCCUUACACCUGCCACAUUUUUCUAGGGUGUUUCAUGUAGCAUCUUCCAAGCGUAACCUUUUUUUUCCCUCUCACUACUGAUGAGGUGUAACAAUCUUAGGGCCCAGCCAUAGAUGAAUUGUUAGUCCUUCAACUUGCUUAUAGGUAUGUAUGCUCUGUGUGAAUGAGUGAAAUAUGUAUUUUUUGGUUGAUUAGUCUUAGAAGUUUGUUGACAUGUCGGUGGUGUUAGAUGAGUGGAACAAGGUCCCGCCCCUUCCUCUUCCCUGGGUCUGAGCCUAUAAACAGUAACACUUGUCACUGUUAUUCAGAUGGAGGCAUACUUUGCAUAGGAGAACUCUGUGGAGUUCAUCGUAUAAAGUGGUCAGUGCUUGUCAACCUGUAUGAGACUUGUAAGUACGCUGCUUUUGAAAACAUUUUUUCUUUAGUAUCACUAAUGAUUCAUCAUACAGACUAUUAAUUGCUGAUUUUCUGAUGUAACUCUUAAGAAAUGAUUAAAAGUUUUUUUCACUA